UUUAACUAGCGACCAAGACCCUCUUCUCAUAUGUGCUUGUGAGAGAAGGAUUGCUUGACAGCAAAAGAUAGCAAAAUCAGGCUGCAGAGAUGGCUUCCAUGACCAUGACUGCUUCAUUCCUAGGCGGAGCAACCUCAACUGUGACCAAAACUCCUUCCGUCAGCGGCGCUCGCCGGGGCCUCGUUGUGGCCUCAAGAGCCACAGAAGGAGAGAAAACCAGCUCGGAAGAGCGCAGCAGUGGGAGGAGGGACUUGGUCUUUGCCGCCGCGGCAGCUGCCACGGCAUUCUCAGUUGCCAAGCUUGCCAUUGCUGUUGAAGAGCCAAAGAAUGGGACCCCAGAAGCCAAGAAGAAGUAUGCACCUGUUUGUGUCACAAUGCCCACCGCACGUAUCUGUCGCAAGUGAGAAGGGUGUUUGAUUUUUCUUUGUUUAUUGUUUAUGAUUAGUCUAAGGGAAAUAUGUAAAAGAUGUGACUCUUAUGCACAUUUGUAUCCUUCUCAUUGGAAUACAGUCCUGUUCAUCUAA